UUAGAUAGUUGACCAUAAAAAUAAUUUUUUUAUUUAGAUACUUAGUUUACAGCAUAAUAUAAUUAGAACCAAAUUUCAACUAUGUAACGUGAUCAUGCUGGAAAACCGUGUUUCAAUUAGAAUUUUAUAAUAUAACUAGUAAUCUAUUGAUUCUUGUAGUUCAACUUGAAACAAGCUACGAGUAGCAGAUUUCAUUAUUUGAUCACAAUAACCAUUCCCUUGGUCUUCUCUUUCUUCGUUCUCAGACAUUGAUGGCUGGAAAAGGAGAGGCCCCUGCUGUUGGAAUCGACCUCGGCACCACCUACUCCUGCAUUGGAGUGUGGCAGCACGACCGUGUCAAAAUCAUCCCGAAUGAACAAGGCAACCGGACCACCCCCUCUUAUGUCGCUUUCACAGAUUCUGAGCGCUUGAUCGGCGGGGCAGCCAAGAGCCAGGUCACCAGGAACCCCACCAACACUAUCUUCGAUGUGAAGCGUCUGAUUGGAAGGAGAUUCUCUGAUGCUUCCGUUCAAAGUGACAUGAAGCUAUGGCCAUUCAAGGUCAUUUCUGGUCCUGCUGACAAGCCCAUGAUUGUUGUUAACUACAAGAAUGAGGAGAAGCAGUUUGCUGCUGAGGAGAUUUCCUCCAUGGUCCUAUGGAAGAUGCGUAAGAUAUCUGAGGCUUAUCUUGGUUCCAACGUGAAGAAUGUCGUUCUUACCGUCCCAGCAUACUUCAAUAACUCCCAGCGCCAGGCCACGAAGGAUGCUGGACUCAUUGCGGGCCUUAAUGUCGUGCGUAUCAUCAAUGAACCCACUGCUGCUGCCCUUGCCUAUGGCCUUGACAAGAAAGCCACCGAUGAUAGUAAUGAAGUAACAAUGUUUGUCACAAGAAAGGGGGGUUUGAAUUGUGACCCUUUAAAAAUUUAA